CCCGGCCCAGCCUACACCGACAUCCACCCACAACUAACCACCCAUCCGCUAAAGAUCUUUCCCCCCAUCACAUCCCCCUUCAUCAACAUCUCUCUCUUCUCCCUUUCCAUCUUCUCCCCCCUCCCUCCAUCGCACUAACCAUGCUCUCCUCAUCUCUCCGCACCGCCACCCGCCUCGCUCGCCCCUCGCGCGGCUUUGCGACCUCGUCCGUCACCCGCUCCUACGUUGACACCAUCCACAACAUCUGCGUCAACAAGGACACCAAGGUCCUCAUCCAGGGCUUCACCGGCAAGACGGGAACCUUCCAUGCCCAGCAGUCGAUCGCGUACGGCACGCGUGUGAUCGGCGGCACCAACCCCAAGAAGGCCGGCCAGACUCACCUCGGCCUGCCCGUGUUCGGCUCGGUCAAGGAGGCCAAGGAGGCUGAGAACCCAUUCGCGACCGUCAUCUACGUCCCCCCCGCAGGUGCCGCCGACGCCAUCCUCGAGGCCAUUGAAAACGAGAUCCCCCUCAUUGUGACCAUCACUGAGGGCAUUCCCCAGCGGGACCAGCUCAAGGUCUACAAUGCGCUCCAGUCCCAGUCCAAGUCGCGCAUGGUCGGCGGAAACUGCCCGGGCAUCAUGGGCGAGACCUGCAAGCUCGGUAUCAUGCCCGGCCACGUCUUCUCCGAGGGCAAGAUUGGCAUUGUCUCGCGCUCCGGCACCCUGACAUACGAGGCCGUCAACCAGACCACCAUCGCCGGUCUCGGGCAGUCGUUGACCGUCGGCAUUGGCGGUGACCCGUUCCCGGGUACCCAGCACAUUGACGUCGUCAAGGUUCUCCUCGAGGACCCCAAGACGGAGGGUAUUGUGCUCAUCGGUGAGAUCGGUGGCUCCAUGGAGGAGGAGGCCGCGGAGUACCUCAAGCAGCACAACUCUGGCCCCAACCGUAAGCCCGUUGUCUCGUUCAUUGCCGGUAUGACCGCACCCCCCGGCCGCCGCAUGGGCCACGCCGGUGCGAUUAUCUCGGGUGGCAAGGGUGCCGCAUCCGACAAGAUCGCUGCGCUUGAGGCCGCUGGCGCCGUCGUCGCCAAGUCGCCCGGCCAGAUUGGCGCGCUCAUGCACGAGGAGAUGAAGAAGGCCGGCCGCGUGUAAGCCUGUAUAUCUGUAGGGGGAAGGAUAGAGCUACCGGGCGGCGACCCCGGACCUGGCAGCUUGUAGUUGUAGAUGCGGGCUGCCGCUAGAUGAACCAUAGCAUGCUUCUGGG